AUGGUUCUCUCACGACGACUUAAAAACCGCACCAGUCCACCAGGCGACUCUGACUCUGCGUCAGAAGAGUUCCCACAGCUUCAACGUCAGGACAAAGAGGUGUACCAGCUCAAGCAGGACCUCAAAGACACUGUGGCCGCGAACCAGUAUGACAGAUACUUCUUCACCACACGUCGAUUUCUCUUCCCGUUUGGCAUACUAGUUGGUGUCCUUGUCGGAUUCAUCCUUAUCCAACCAACAGACCUGACUGAACUCCAAACCCACCUUGCUCUCCUUCUCGACGAAUAUGAGUUCACCAUGCCUCAAUUACCCCAGUUCGACAUUUCACAGUUUGAUCUUACCCGUGUAGAGUUCGAAUGGCAGAGGCUAUUGAGCCAUAUACCGGAGCCGUGGAAGCUCACCAGAAACGGUCUUGAGUUCACAGUCGGGGAGGAAAUGGCCGCGAGGGGACUUAGCGCCACCCACCCCGUCGUUCUGAUUCCUGGAAUCAUUUCAACCGGACUGGAGUCUUGGUCUACUUCCCCUGAGUAUCGGUCUUUUUUCCGCCAAAAGCUCUGGGGCAGCUUCUCCAUGCUGUCCCAAGUCACUUUCAACCGAGAACAGUGGAUGGCUGCAAUUAUGCUUGACCCUAUCACUGGUCUUGAUCCUGCAGACGUAAAGGUUAGAGCUGCGGAAGGCAUUGAUGCUGCUAGUAGCUUCGUCCAAGGAUACUGGCUAUGGUCGAAAAUAGUGGAGAACCUCGCAGUGGUUAACUAUGACACGAAUAACCUGCACCUAGCUCCUUACGACUGGAGGUUGUCCUUCUAUAAUCUUGAGGAACGCGAUAGCUAUUUCUCAAGACUAAAGACAACUAUAGAAGGUUUCAGGGCUAGAGAGAAAAAAAGAGUGGUUUUGGUGGCACACUCCAUGGGUAGUACAAUUGUUUUGUACUUCAUGAAGUGGGUUGAAUCCCCGCAACACGGGCGUGGUGGCCCAAAGUGGGUGGAGAAUAACAUCGAAGCAUUCGUUAGUGUUGCUGGUACACAUCUGGGAGUGGUCAAGUCGAUGUCGGCGUUUCUUUCCGGAGAAAUGAAGGAUACCGUGCAAAUUCAUCCUGCCGGGGCGUAUGUUCUGGAGCGAUUCUUCUCGAGGAAGGAACGUCAAAAACUGUUCCGCAGCUGGGCGGGCAGCGCAAGUAUGUGGAUGAAGGGAGGUGACGCAGUCUGGGGAAAUGCGACAUUCGCUCCGGAUGAUCCCCUGAAUCACACCUACAGUCACGGCGAACUCAUCGCGUUCCGUCAAUCUGUGGUGGCGAACAACGAAGAGGAUCUCACGAAUAUGACCUCUGCCGCAGCAAGUGCAUGGGUAUUGGAGCACACUCCUAGUCAUUUUCAAAAAAUGAUUGCAACGAACUAUUCUUUUGGCAUCGAGAAAGACGCGGGAGCUCUACUACGUAACAACCUUGACCAUCGAAAGUGGUCAAAUCCGCUUGAAGUGCAACUGCCUGAUGCUCCGUCCACGAAGAUAUACUGUGUCUACGGACACGGAAAGGAAACCGAGCGAUCUUACUGGUAUACCCGGGGUCCAUAUGAAUACGACGACAUUCAACCAGACGCGGAACAAGCCAGCUGCUCCAACGUGUCUGACUGCUUCUCUGCGCGUUCUCCACUCGACCUACCCCUGCUGCGUACAAGUUAUAUUGACGCCGAGUACACGGAUGAGAGUGCCAUGCCACAAGUGGUAAAUGGAGUUAAGGUGGGCGAGGGCGACGGGACCGUCAAUCUGCUCAGUCUGGGCGCCAUGUGUGUAGAAGGAUGGAAGAGAAAGCGCUGGAAUCCAUCCGGUAUGCGAGUUACUACUAUUGAGCUUCCCCACAACCCUGUCUCGACAAUCCCUCGAGGUGGUGGAACUACAGGCGAUCACGUUGAUAUCCUUGGCUCCACUGCAUUGAAUGAAAUCAUCGUUAAAGUCGCAACUGGAGUUGGGAGCGAACUUAAUGAUUCUUUCGUCUCUAAUAUCCGCGAAUACGCGCGGAGGAUACUUUGGGACUAA